UCUGUAACUGAUUUUCUAUCACGGCAUCUGACAUUGCCAAAGUUUUGAGGGAACAAUACUUAGAUUCAUUGAGUGCUGCUGAAAAGAAGUCCUACUCAUCAUCAGAUACUAAGUUCAUCGAAAAAUUUUGAGACAUCGGAAACAAGUUGAAGACCAACGAUGCAUGCCUAACCAUGCCCGAAUCAAUCUCAUUACUUUAUGAACUUCAUGACGCCCUUGACGAAUGGAAAAUCCUCAGGGAGCAAAAGAAGUCCAUCAAGAGAAUUCCAAUUUACUUCUCUGAUAUGGCUCAGAGGAAGGAAGAGUCCAGUAUAUAUAGUAAAGUUGAUAAGAUGAAAACGGUGUUGGAGAAAUUGGAGAAAGAGGCCGAAGGUUUGCAUCCCCCUGAAUUCUUGCUAGACCGGUUUACAUUCUACAAGUAUGGUCGUCCACCAUCAUCUGAUAUUGCGAAAUUCGAUGAACAUGAACAAAAGAUGGUUGAUUGGCUAUCGGCGUCAAGUGAUGGUAAAUACAAGGCCGUUGGAAUUUAUGGGAUGGGUGGUUCAGGGAAGACAACAUUCGUUAAACAGGUUUUUGCACGUCCAGAAUUUUAUAAGAAAUUCAAGGGCAAUAUCAUAUGGGCAUACUUAUCGGACUUAACUCGCAAAGAUGAGGAUAAAGAAACUACCAAUACGCUUGUGGAAGAACUCAGGAGUCGAUUACAAAAGCUAGGGAAUUACGCGAUAGUGUUUGAUGAUGUGUGGCACUGUGACGAGUGGUUCGCUGAGUUGUGCCAUGGAAUAGCAGUAUGGGAGGAAGAUAGAGGCGGUGUCGUGGUGGUAACGAGUAGGAUAAAGAAGGUGGUGAAGCAGAUAGUUGGUGAAAGGAAUACUCUGAUACAGCUUAGCCCUUGGAGCUGGCAACAUUAUCAUAAGGAUUCGAAUCACACUUUUGUGCAACACAUAGUUCAUCAAACGAGAAAUGAGCUACUAGAUGAACAGAAGAACGUAGUUCAACGAGCAGGGCACGAGCUACCGGACGACGAGAAGUAUAUCAUUAGUCAUUGUCACGGUCUUGCUCUUGCUUCCAAGGAGCUACCACGAACAUGGAAGCCAACAUCCAAUUAAAUUAUCCAGGUGGCAACCAAAAGGUUAAAGAGCUGCUAGGCCAUCA